GUAAGGAAGGACAGAACCCAAAGGACAAAAACAAAGUGACUGACGAAGGACUUGAUAUUCAAUGGGAGAGGUGAUCAUCGGCGAGGUAUAUAUACCCCUGAGCCAGAUUCCCUGCCGUGCCUGCGGGAUCGGGCGAUGGAGCCCUCCCCCAAGUCUGGAACCCACGAAUGGAGCAGCGCUCCCAGCUGAGGGCAUGUUGGCCCAUCUGUGAUCGAGGGACCCGGAUCUUCGAGGCCAAGCUAGCCAAGUGGGUUCGCCGGGUGCCAGUGGAAACUAGGAGGCAAACCAGAGCGGACUACCGUUGUAGGUGGGUGCAUCCGAAACAGACUAAGCAGAAUCAGCAUACUAUUUCAGGGAACGGGGUUCCCUGCACUGCGAAGGUAUUAGUCCCGAGCGAUGCGGGUCGCCACUGGCCUUUUCCGUGCAUCUUAUUCGAGUUUGUCAUUUGGGCAAGCAGAGGGCGCUGUAAGCAGGGGGAAAGCCUAGGCCGGUGAGCCACAGCCCAAGUUCCGACAGCAGCCGUGGUGAGAGCCUCCGUUGUCAGGGAGUAGAC